AGGAGAUAUCGGAGUGUAGAGAGAAUGUGGAAGACGCAAAUGGCGGCAGCGAUAUCAGCAGCGAAUUGGGCGUUUGUUGUUGCUGCAAGGCGGCGUGGACGACAACAAUGGGGAUUGGGAACCAUUCCUUUGUCCUGUAGUUUGUCGUCUUCGGGACCACCAAACACAAGAAAGCUUGUUCUAUACUCUAAACCAGGAUGUUGUCUCUGCGAUGGCCUCAAAGAGAAGCUUCAAGCUGCUUUCUCUCUCUCUGGUUCUGGUUCUGGUUCGCUCCACCACGUUACUCUUCAGGUAAGAGAUAUCACUACGAAUCCUGAGUGGGAAAAGGCUUAUCAGUAUGAGAUACCAGUCCUGGCCAAAGAGAAUUCUGAUGGCAAAGAGGAGAUUUUGCCAAGGUUGUCUCCACGUUUAAGUGUGGAAAUUAUACAAAAGAAGUUACUUGCUGCUUUUAAUUGAUCAAAUAUGGAAAACAAAGAUAGGAAAACGUGUGUAAGGUGCUGCGAUGCAACUUGUCGUUAACAUCUUGGAACUCAGCAUUCUACUUCUGUUUAUCAAAAACUGAAAGCAAGUCUGCUCAUGUAAGCAUUCAUUAUCUUGGAUUCAAAUAUUUGCUAGUUGUGUAAUCUUCUAUGGCCUGGCGAUCAAACACAUUACUAUCUUAGAAAAGCAAGCACGGCUCUUAUGAUG